UAAACAGAAAGAGCGUGAGACGUGGCAUAUAAUAGAAUUCUCUUCAAGAUAAAAAUUGUAUAACGCUGUUACAAAUGCGAAGGUAAUAGAAACUACUUGUUUUCGGGGCGACGCAUUGUUGUAGCAAACAAGUAUGAUUACUUUCCAAUAAAGAAUUGUAAUGCAAACAAUUACCUAUACAACAGCGCCGCGCCGCCGCCGGUGCUAUACUUAUAGACCAAAUAAAAGGUUCAAUUGCGUCGGCGUAGCAAAUGUCAAAACCGCCGAGAAAUUCACGGGCACAUGCGCAGUGGAAGUGCGAUCAAUGCACCCCUGUGGUGCGCGCGCCCCCGGCCUCGGCAUUCUACGCAGUACAUCACAAAAACACCGUCUGGAAAACCUGGGUGCACUCAUCCGCGAUCGACAAAAAAUUCAUUAUCAAAGUCUAAGCCAUUCAAUCUGACUACGCGGCUCGUCGCGUCUAGUUAAGGACACCCACACGCUAUACCGCCGCGGGGUCUGAGUGUUGCAUCUCGGCAGUCUGAUCGCGUGACUCAUCGGAUUCUCCCGAAUUUCGCGAAUUAGUUGUUAUCGCAUUUUGUGGUUGUGCUGGUGGUAUCAGUGCGUGCUAGGACUGCUCGGAUGCAGGUGGCCCGGCGGGCUGGUGAGGGGCCGCGGCGCCUGGCGGAGCAGUGAAGUCAAGCCGCAGGAUGGACGACUGUACAGACAUCUUCUAUGACGACGAUACUGACGCGCAGUGCGAUAUGGGUCACUCAGAGUCCAAGGGUGCGAAGAAGCGCGACAAGAGUGUAGGCAACGGCAACGGGAAGCCCAGCCGUGGGGUGGCCACGUCUUUCGGGUUUCGAAGGCGGCCUGCCAGCACAUCUCGCGCCGACGACAACGCCAGGCGCAAGAAGGCGCAGGACAAGAAUGGAAAUGGAGCAGGUUCCACGGAGGACAUACGGGCGGAGGAGGUGUUGUCCGGGCGCUCGACACCCCUCGCGCGACCCCGCAAGGAGGCCGCUGGCCAGCCACUACGGAGCAACAGGUUCGGUCUCAGGCAGCAGCCGUGCAAGACGGCGCGCGUCGGCGACGUUGCUCCCACCGCCGAGCCCGCAUUCGUGACACACAAGGAGUCCAUCAACAACAAUGCACUUGAUAAGAAAAGUACAAAUUACCCAGCCCUAUCGCAAGUGACUACGAGCGGGGUGACCACUAUAGUGGGCGCUGGCGGACAGCCCAAGACCGUCACCAAGCAAACCGUCAUCCUCACCUACCAGACGCAGCAAUAUCCUAUGCAGGAAGGUCGUCCCAAACAGACGCGGUUCGAAUGUCCACGAGCGCCUUCCGCCACGCGUUCCCAGACUCCCUGUGACAAGCUGCCGGGGAAGUAUACCCUGCAAACCAACCAGCUGCCGCGCCCGCAGUACCCUGCUGUCAAGCACAUCGACAAUACGAAGAAUGCUAAACAAGUCGUGAACAAUAAUAGAAAAGCCGGUGCUUCCGUGGAAGGAUGGAGGGAAGGUGCUAGCUCGGCCGUGUCGUCGGACUCGGGCGUGUACACCGGCGAGGCGGAGGGGUCGCCGCGCGCCCGGCGCCGCCCGCGCAACCUGGAGAUGGUGAUGCGCGGCGCGCACAGCUUCCACCUGCGCGAGCUGCAGGACGACCUCGACAUCAUGGAUGACGCAGUAAUAACCGGCCACACUGUGAUCCCCCUUCCCAAACUCCCCAGCACCUUCGACGAAGAUCUCUCCCCCAUCUACCAAGCCCCGUCCCCUCCCCCCUACCCCGUCCCCUCCCCCGUGCUCCCCGAACCCGCGCCCGCGACAGACAACUCGCGCCAGUCUCCCAUGUCCACCCUGGAACGGUAUCGGACCAGGACCAGGCCAAGCAGGAUACAAACCGUGGAUUAUAAGAAUGAGGAGAAGUUUGUGCUGGAUAAAGCUCAGCCUGAAAAAUUGAAUAAGCAGAACUCUUUCAUCAAAUCGUCAAGCGGCGUAGUUUCCCCGACGACCGUGUCGAGCAAGGAAUCGAGCCCGUCAUGCAAGAGCGAGGAGAGCCACUUCGGCAACAGCAGCGCUUGGCAGAGCCAUGCCGCCGGCGAAGCUAUGGCCACCAGAUCUCAAGACGACGUGUCCAUCGCGCUGAGCGUGUCGAGCUGCGAGGACGAGAAGUCGAACCCGCCAAAGACGAUCGUGAUCGACGACCCGCCCGUGCCGCAUCCGCUGCUCAUGAAGUCGCUGACGCUGAGCCAGCACGACUCGCUGCGCGGGACCAUGAUGGGUUCAAUGUCAAGCUCCAACUACAGCACAACAAGCACUUGCACAAACCAAAGCGUGGACCACCACCUGACGCUCACCUUAGAAGAGUCCAAAUUCGACAUAUCGGCCCUAGAGAUUUCCACCCAAAGCCUGUUGGACGACGAGACAUCUCCAGCGGACAGCCUUAUAUCUUCCACCAGUACUAGCGACUCGGUGAACGAGCUGGUGGUUGAGAGAGACCCGCCGUCGAUCUCGUCGGCGUAUCAGACAGCCAACACUAAGACCAAGUCGCCGGAACCGGCCGAUGAGGAUGCCGUGGAUGGGGAGCUGUUGCAGACCGCUAAUGAAGUUGUCGUGGAGACUAGGAACGGCGAGGACAGCAAGAACGUGUCGCCAGAGUCACCGGGCACGCCCACACACGCCUCAGGGUCCUUGUCGCUGUCGGACGGCCGGGAUUUCUUCGACGACGAGAUCGCCGACCAGCCAGCCCUGCUGUUCAGGAAAAACAACGACGGGAGCCCGCCAAGCAAGCAGGAAUCUGAUAACGGCAAACAGCUGAGGAGAUCCAGGGAACGCAUCCCCGCGAGUCCUUUAGCCCAAAGAAAUCGUAAAGUGAACGGGUUGCGGAAUGGCGGCACAGAACGAACACCUUCUCUGGACACGUUAUCCAGCCUGGCGUCUGAUGACCUGAUGAUGGACAAUGACCUCGCGCGAUCCGUCACCAGCCUGCAGAGCGUCGACGAUUACAUCGAAAGGCUAGACAGUUCUCUACGCAGCGGUCUCAACUCCCUGGACGAACGGCAGCUCCGCCAGGAGCUCUCCUCGUCCAAGACCGCCGUGCGCCAGUGGAGUCAGCUGCUCGAGCAGAACAAGUUCCUGGACCGUCAGCUGGCCGCUAUGGCGCAGGGCAAGAGCACGACAGAGUCGCUCUCCGCCAGCAACACCAGCCUGUCCAACAUCGGGGCCAGCCUGCCAGUGCGCACGGCGCGGCUGCUGCAGCGCUCGCGCGCGCAGACGCCGUCCGACGCCGCCAGCGAAGGCACCGCGUCGCCCGCGCCCGCGCCGGCGACUCUGCUCCAGGACGUCGUGGACAUCAAGACGCUUCUGCUGCAGCUUAAGCGCGUCUUGCAGGAGCCGGGGGACGAGCAUCAUUCGAUGAGUAGCGAAACUCUCGACCCGUUGCUGGCAGUGUGCGCGGAGAGCCCCGCGCGCGUCAACGGGCGCCGGCCCCCCGCCUCGCCGCUGCACCCGGACGCCUGCGCCGAGAUGCGACGGCAGAUCCUCUACCUGCAGGUCUUGUGCGCGGAGAGCCCCGCGCGCGUCAACGGGCGCCGGCCCCCCGCCUCGCCGCUGCACCCGGACGCCUGCGCCGAGAUGCGACGGCAGAUCCUCUACCUGCAGGUCUUGUGCGCGGAGAGCCCCGCGCGCGUCAACGGGCGCCGGCCCCCCGCCUCGCCGCUGCACCCGGACGCCUGCGCCGAGAUGCGACGGCAGAUCCUUUACCUGCAGAGUCAACUGGAAGAGCGCGACCGGCUGGUGCGCGUGCUGCAGGCGCAGAUGCUGCGCAUGUCCGAGGGGCACGAGCCGCGCGCCGACGACACCUGCAACGUGGCCACGCAGACUGAUCGGCUGGAAGAGCGCGACCGGCUGCUGCGCGUGCUGCAGGCGCAGAUGCUGCGCAUGUCGGAGGCGCACGAGCCGCGUCCCGACGACACCUGCAACGUGGCCACGCAGACUGAUCGGUUGCGGCCGCCGAUGAGCUCGGCGCUAACGAGUUCUGAUAAUUCCGGUUUAGUGAGUUGGAAUGAACAAGCUAGCGGGAGGAAGCUGCCGGUGUACAGUGAAGCACAAAAGACUAAGAGGCCUGUAGUCACCGGGACCGUGAAGUGCCAGUGCGGUGCGCGGAAGGACGAGGAGCGUCGGACGGACGCGGUGCAGCUCAAGACCAACAGCCGGGUCGGCUCCAAGUACCUCCAGGCCUUGGCCAACAGCGACUCCAACCGGUACGUCAAGCGGGAUUCCUCCGUAGGGGAAAAGACGGGGCGCAGCCUAUACUCGACCAGAUCUCGUUCCAUUGAGAACUUCCACAACCAAGCGUAUUCCAGUGCGGAACCGCUGCUCGCUAAAAACGCAGUGAUCGAAGAGAACAUGAUCAAACACCACACGUCGUACGGAGACCUGUAUAAUGGUCGCAUCAGCAGCAAGGAGAGUGUAAACGGCAACAGGCACAGUCCUAGUUUAAACGGACAGUCCACCGACACGGACUACAGCUCUGACGGCGGGUACAAGUCCCUGCCGUCGUCCAUCAACUGUAAUGGUUAUUCGCCGAAGAAGAUCAGUGGUAUCCCCCGGAGGUCUAUCGAGCAGAGGUUUCUUUCCGCCAAGACUGUCAAAGCGAGCGCUGUUUGA